ACUUUACGCUAGAGUUGUAUUUCAAAUUGAAUGCAAUGUUAUUAUCGAUAAAAGUAAUGCAUUUAUCGCUAUAGAGAUUGAGUGCAAACACUAAAUAACGCCAACAAUGGCUGCAUAGGCUGUGGAUGUACUCACUUGAAGAUACUAUUUAAAAGACAGUGUCCAUCAAAAGUGAUCAACCAUUUGAUAUAAACAAAUAGACAAACCAUAAGUGAAUGAAUCCAAUCUAUCAGCCAAUUGAUGGACCAAUUAAUAGACAAACAUAUGAUUUUUACUGUGCAAUCAAUGAAUGCUUUUUUUGAUUAAUGUUUUCAAUGUUUUAUAUGACAACUAAUAUGAUAUGUAAUUCAAUGAAUCCAUUGAUUAGUUAAUUAAAUGAUUUAAAGCUUGUAUUUAAACAUUUGUUUUUCUUGACUGUGUUUGCAAUUAACACAUCAUUUGAUUAUUUGAAACAAAAAUUGUCCGCAACUGAAAUGCCGAUCUAAAUGUCGGCUCAAUAUUGUCAGUGUCUUCAUUGGUCACUCCAUUGUGACAGUUGAUGAUAAUUGAUGUGUUGAAGUGGUUGUCUGUCUCAUACAAUGACACUGGACUUGGGUAUCGACGUGUCUUCACUACCGACCGAUGUCCGCGAAAAGUUGGCCGAACUCGAGCUCGAGUUGUCCGAAGGCGACAUCACUCAGAAGGGAUACGAGAAGAAGAGAUCGCGACUAUUGGCUCCCUAUAUAACGUGCCAUCAAAAUCAGUCAGGCGCUGCCAGUCCUUCAACACGUGCCAAGAGAAGAGCUCAUAGGAGACUAACACGACAUGAGAGUCGAUACCAUUCCGAGGUGAGACAAGAGGCGGUACAGCAGGCGUUGGCUGCUAUGCAAAAGAAACCAAAACCAUCAUUACCUAUGCCGUCAAAGCGGACAUCAGUGAUGGCCACUUCCCCAAACCGGGACCGCAAACGGGUUACCGAUUCUUCAUCAGAUGACGAUAGUAUUCUUAAUGAUAGCAGCAGUACUACUCCAGAACACGACAAGAAUUUGCGACCAUUUUCUGUCGGCCAAUCGAUUACUUCAUCUGAUACAUCAAACACGUCGUCGCCGGCACACGAAGUACAGGUGCCACCGCCAAGAAUUAUAGCCGUUCAGGAACAUAGCAAUGCUUUGGCUGCUCAACAAAUCAGUCGUAACCAACAUCGCCGCAAACACCAACACUCACAGCCACCGUUACCUCCACAUCAACAACAGAUUCUUAAACAACAACUUAUAAAUGCCCGCAUUUCCCGUGAAAACGGCAGUUCUAACAAUACUAACAACAGCAACAAUAGUAGUAACAACAGCAACAAAAACAACAUCAAUAGCAAUAUAAAUAACAUGAAUAUUAACAAUAGUAACAAUAGAGAUAAUUUACCGAUUAAUGAUUACGCCAAUAAUAUUCCGCCCACUCGGCCCGAGAGAAUCAGUUCCCGAACUGACAGCGGAAUCGUUAACUUAGCGGAUGUCAUGCAAAACCUGACGCCUUCGACUACAUAUAACGCUCAGCCAGACGUCACCUCAAAUGCACAAUCAAUCCGAGAUUCGCGAGACUUGCAAUCAGAUUUCUCUAUUUAUUUUGAAGGUCUCGAUACUUAUAGUACAGGAACGGGAACUGGAAGAUGGAAAGUAUCUGCAAAAAUACAACAACUUCUUAAUACACUUAAAAGACCUAAACGACGACCACUUCCUGAGUACUAUGUGGAUGACGAGACAGAUCUUGAAAUAGCAGCUAAUCAGUUGGACCCGACAGCUCCCAAGCCUGAGGGCAGUACAAUGAUGCCAGCAAUUGGUGAGCAACUGAUGGUCCCAGGUGGUCUUCCCAAAACAUUAGAAGCAGCUCUUCAUAGAUAUGGUUCGGCAACGUUUAAAGCACCCGCAGCCACAGUACUGGAUACUAAUAGCAAAAUAAGUCCACCUUUAACUUAUGGCAAACUUUUAAGCCGUUCCCGAAAAAUAGCAUACAAUUUAUUAAACAAAAUAGGAAACAAAGGAGAAUUGAGUAUAAAACCUGGUGAUAGAGUGGCUCUAAUAUUUCCAAACAAUGAUCCAAUUGGUUUCAUGAGUGCAUACUAUGGCUGUUUGACUGCUGGUGUCGUUCCUGUGGCUAUUGAAGUACCCCUCACUAGACGUGAUGCAGGUUCACAGCAAAUAGGCUUUCUAUUGGGAAGUUGUAAUGUAGCGUUUGCUUUAACAUCCGAGGCCUGUCAUAAAGGUCUUCCUAAAACAGCAACGGGAGAAAUACAUACGUUUAAGGGUUGGCCUAAACUUAGUUGGCUUAUAAUUGAUACAUUAGGUAAACCACCAAAAGAUUGGUCACCGCCUUCACGGAUCUCAGAAGAAGCGCCCGCUUAUAUUGAAUAUAGUGUUGAUAGAGACGGAGCUAUGAAAGGAGUGACAGUUUCACGAAAUGCAAUGAUAUCUCAUUGUCGGGCUCUCACCGGUUCCUGUAAUUACACUGAAGGAGAGAUUAUGAUUUGUGUUUUGGAUUUUAAACGUGAAGUCGGUUUAUGGCAUUCAAUACUUUGUAGUGUUUUGAAUGGUAUGCACGUUAUAUUCAUUCCGUACGCACUGAUGAAAAUAAAUCCGGCCUCUUGGAUGUUAGUCAUCACUAAAUACAAAGCUUCAGUAGCUAUAUGUAAAUCACGUGAUCUUCACUGGGGUUUAUUGGCCACAAAAGACCAUAAAGAUGUCAAUCUUUCUUCUCUGCGAAUGCUUUUGGUUGCCGACGGCUCUAAUCCAUGGUCUCUCUCAUCCUGUGAUCAAUUUCUAAACGUAUUUCAUAGUAGAGGCCUAAGAGUGGAGGCAAUGUGUCCCUGUGCUGUAUCAGCCGAAGCACUUACUAUCUCUGUUAGAAGGCCGGGCAGAACAGGGAUUGGCUCCACUGGAAGGGGUGUUCUGUCUAUGUCUGCACUUAGCUAUGGUGUUAUUCGAGUGGAUCAAGAAAACAGUUUGACAUCAUUAACAUUACAAGAUUGUGGUCAUGUCUUACCCGGAGCAAUCGCGGCUGUGGUUAAAAUCAAUGGUCCGCCACACCUCUGUAAGACUGAUGAAGUCGGAGAGAUUUGUUUGAGCACAACAGCUGCCGGUUCUAACUAUUGGGGACUUCAAGGACUCACAAACAGUAUAUUCCGUAUGCAACCACUUAACUCAGAUGGUCAUCCAUUCAGUGAGCAAACAUUUGUGAGAACCGGCUUACUUGGCUUUAUGGGACCCGGUGCUCUUGUUUUUGUUUGCGGUACCAGAGAUGGUGUAAUGACUGUGAGUGGCCGUAAGCAUAACACCGAUGAUUUGAUUGCYACUGUGUUGGCCGUCGAACCAAUGAAAUUUGUAUACCGGGGAAGGAUUGCCAUCUUUGCAAUCAAAGUUUUAAGAGACGAAAGAAUUUGUGUUAUUGCAGAACAACGUCCCGAUUGUACUGAAGAAGAGAGCUUCCAAUGGAUGAGUAGAGUUCUUCAAGCGGUUGAUAGUAUACAUCAGGUGGGUAUUUAUUGUCUUGCAUUAGUGCCACCAAAUUGUUUGCCCAAAACACCAUUGGGUGGAAUCCAUUUGUCAGAAGUAAAGCGUCGAUUCCUUGAAGGAGCGCUACAUCCGGCAAAUGUGCUCAUGUGUCCGCACACUUGCGUCACAAAUCUGCCCAAACCACGAGAGGUACACACAGAAAUAGGUCCGGCUUCUGUUAUGGUCGGUAAUAUUGUUCAGGGAGUACGGCUUGCAGUCGCACAGGGAAGGGAUGUCGGAUCAAUAGAAGAGGAUUCAGACACAACUAGAAAAUAUCAAUUUAUUUCAGAGAUAUUAAAGUGGAGAGCGACCACUUCUCCCGACCAUAAUAUCCAUACACUCCUCAACUCGAAAGGCGGUGAAACUCAAACCCUUUCCUGUUCACAGCUUUUUAAAAGAGCUGAAAGGGUAGCCUGUCUUCUAUUAGAGAGAGGAAAGUUGAAUACCGGCGAUCACGUAGCACUCAUAUAUUCGCCGGGAAUUGAUCUUAUAUGUGCUUUUUAUGGGUGUCUAUUCAUUGGUGUUGUUCCGGUCACAAUAAGACCACCACAUCCGCAAAAUUUGCAAACAACACUGCCAACUGUCCGCAUGAUUGUUGACGUAUCAAAGUCGGUGCUAAUAUUGUCAACCGGACCUGUCAUUAAACUGCUUAAAUCAAAAGAAGCCGGUAAUGUGGUUGACAUCAAGGGUUGGCCACAAACUAUUGAUACCGAUGAUUUGCCUAAGAAAAAAUUGACGAGUAUUUAUAGGGCGCCCACACCCGAAAUGAUAGCUUAUCUUGAUUUCAGUGUUAGCACAACAGGAAUGUUAGCAGGUAUUAAGAUAUCACACGCUGCCGCCACAUCCCUGUGCCGCAGUAUGAAACUCGCCUGUGAAUUAUACCCCUCGCGUCACAUCGCUCUCUGUCUCGAUUCCUAUUCUGGACUCGGGUUUGUCUUAUGGUGUCUCAAUAGUGUAUAUUCUGGUCAUCACUCAAUACUUAUUCCUCCUUCAGAAGUAGAGCUCAAUCCAAGUCUGUGGUUAACUACAGUCUCUCAAUACAAAGUUCGCGAUACGUUCUGCUCAUACGGGGUUAUGGAGCUCUGCACUAAAGGGUUGGGCUCUUCAAUCCAACAAAUGAAGCAAAGAGGUGUUAACCUAAGCUGUGUUCGCACAUGUGUUGUGGUCGCCGAAGAGAGACCACGAGUAUCGCUCACAAAUUCUUUCACUAAAUUAUUUCAAAGUUUGGGUCUUUCAGCGCGUGCUGUCAGCACAUCAUUUGGCUGUAGAGUCAAUGUUGCCCUUUGCCUACAGGGAGCCUCCAGUCCUGACCCAACCACUGUGUAUGUCGAUACCCGUGCGCUACGUAAUGAUAGGGUCACACUUGUAGAGCGCGGGGCACCGCACAGCCUCUGUUUAACAGAGUCCGGAAAGUUAUUGCCCGGAGUUAAAGUAGUGAUCGCAAACCCAGAAACCAAAGGCCAUUGCGGUGAUUCAAAUCUUGGAGAGAUUUGGGUUCAAUCACCGCAAAACUCAAGCGGCUAUUUCACCAUUUAUGGUGACGAUUCACUACACAACGAUCACUUUAAUGCAAGACUUAUUACCGGUGACUCGAGUCAAUCAUAUGCUCGAACGGGUUAUUUAGGUUUCUUGAGGCGAACCGAAUCGGUUCAGGCAGACGGAGAACUGCACGACGCUAUCUUUGUUGUCGGAUCUCUCGAUGAAACCAUUACUCUAAGAGGUCUUCGAUAUCAUCCAAUUGAUAUUGAGAACAGUGUUAUGAGAUCUCAUAAGAAAAUAUCCGAAUGUGCUGUGUUCACGUGGACUAACCUAUUAGUAGUAGUCGUUGAAUUAGAUGGUCAAGAAAAUGAAGCGUUAGAUUUGGUACCAUUAGUGACUAAUGUUGUUUUAGAGGAACACCACUUAAUAGUUGGUGUUGUAGUUGUUGUCGAUCCCGGAGUGGUUCCAAUCAACUCGAGAGGAGAAAAACAACGAAUGCAUUUGCGCGACGGCUUUCUCGCAGACCAAUUGGAUCCGAUUUAUGUGGCGUACAAUAUGUGAUGAGUUUUUGUUAUAUUUUGUUUUUUAUUACAUUUAUAUCGACAUUCCAUUGCUUUUUAGCGAUCGUUAUAUUC